AUGGGUAAUCGGGAAUCAUCAACAUCACUUACUUCUUUGACAUCAUUAAUUAGCUUCGAAGAAGCUCGGAAUUUGUUAAGCGCAGAUGAAUUGAAACGUUUGGAAACGGCAUGGGAUGGUCGAGAUCAGAUUGCGGAAGAUGAAUUUUUUAACGACGUUCUUUGUCACCCUGGAAUUCCACGUGCUACACGAACACGUAUUUUCGCCAAAUUUUGUCAGGGAUCAUCUAAACUGUCAUUUCAAUAUUUUGUUAUUGGAAUUGUCAUACUAACAAAGGUGGAUAAGAAUAUUCGACUUGAAUUUCUAAACAAUGAACGUGACUUAGAAAGUUGGAUCGAACAGCCACCUCAGCUGACAUCUCGUCAUUCGGAAAUUCACUACAAUUUCUAUCAAGUACUUGCAGGCGUUACACAUCUUGAUGAACAAGAGGUGGAAGAGCUGGAGAAAGUUUUUGGUUCGAUCAACGAUACCAAAUUAUGUAAACUUACUAGGAAUGGUUUUGGUGCGUUAGUUGGUGGUGCUAUUGCAGACCAUUUCAUUAAUGGCUUAUUUCGUGCAUUUGAUGAAAAUGAUGAUGGAUUGGUGGAUUUCAAAGAACUCGUCUGCGGUCUUUCUGCUUCCUGUCGUGGACCACAUACUGCUCGUCUUAACUUUAUUGCUCAACUUUUUGACUCAGAUGGCGAUGGUUAUUUAUCAAAAGAAGACAUUCUUUCCCUUUAUGCUCAUUUAAAUCUCGACAAAACUUUACAAACUAUACAUGCCGAUGAAUUGGGUCAUGCGUCGUUGACAGAUUUUGUUUGUUGGGCAAACGAGACAAAAUGUGUGGACAAUCUGCUUGAAAUAAUUGUUCAGCUUGGACAUAUUUGUUUGGGAUUGCAUCCAAGUUCUGCUGAGGUUGAAUUGACGGUUGUUUGUGGAUUCAAGCAACGUGUUCAAUUGGAUGCGUUUACUGAAUGGAAUAUUGUUUCAUCGGAAUGGUGGCGACAAUGGGUGCACGCGCUGAUGUCAAAUUCCAAAGUGCCGCCCAUCAAUAAUGCUUCAAUUAUUACUGUAAAACAGAAAAAUGAUUGGUCUUACAAGGUUCCGUCUUUAUCCAACGAAGGUGCUCCUUUAGCACAAAACUUGGUUAUAAAUAAGGAUUUUGAAGCUGUAGCACCUUGUCUCUGGAAAGCGCUGUUACGUUGGCAUGGGAGUGCUGCUCGUGAGGGUAUUUCACUUCAACGACGUAUUCUUCCGGCAAGAAUUGUAGAUCCGACAGCGGUGAAUUCUACAAAACCUAUUAUCGAGCUAUAUCCACUAACUUUAUUGAUUCUAAGACAUGGUACUGCUACUGGAGGCUGGUUACAUUCUGCUUUCGAAUGGAAUAAAGAAUCCUCCCUUCGCCGAUUACCAUGGUGUGUAGUAUCCGAGUCACGUAUUUGUACUAUUGAAGAAUUACUUGAACUUCUGGCGCAUCAGCUGCACAUAAGUGAUGUGGAAUCAGCUCGUUUAUGGACUGUUGAAAUCGACGGUUCACCAUGCAAGCGGUUGCUUGACAACGAUUCAGUUACUCUUAAUGAUCUCAAAAUUCAGCAAAGUGCACAGUUACUUCUGGAAUUACGUAACGCUGACAUGAGUUGGCCAGAAGAGGUUAGCUGUUUGGAAAGCAGCAAUGCUGAAGGUUACACAACGGACAAUUCGGAUUCGUCAUAUAUUCUUGGCAUUACUGGCCUCUACAACAUGGGUAAUACAUGCUAUAUGAAUAGUGCUCUGCAAUGUCUCAGUAAUACACGACCACUGACAAAUUAUUUCAUUGAAGGCCGGCACAAAGAUGAUAUGAAAAGGUUAAAAUCAAAAGGCAUGGUAGCUAUGGAAUAUGCCAACGUUGUGAAAGAAUUGUGGUCCGGCAAAAAACGUAAUAUUGCACCUAUAAAAUUACGCGAUGCGAUUAGAUGUGCUGGUCCAGUAUUUGCUGAACGUUCACAACACGACUGUCAAGAGUUUUUGUCAAUUUUGCUGGAUUUAUUACAUGAGGAUUUGAAUCAAAUUGAAAACAAGCCAUUCAUCGAACUCAACGACAGCGAUGGUCGUCCUGAUUCUAUUGUUGCUAAAGAGGCUUGGGAUGCUCACUUAAAACGAGAUAAAAGUAUUAUUGUUGAUUUGUUUACGGGCCAAUUGCGUUCAACACUUACUUGUUUAAAUUGCAAUGCCAUAUCAUGCAGAUUUGACGCUUUCACUUGCUUGCAGCUGCCCAUACCUAUUGAUCACUUGCUUCUUAUCUCAGUUGUCGUGGUCAAGCGUGACGGACAAAUUCCUAUACGUUAUGCUUUUCGCUUAAGCUGCGAUACAACGAUCGGCAUGUUCAAAAUGAAACUAGCAAAUGCUUCUGGUUUACUCUCUAACUCAUUUCAAAUUCUUUGUCUGAAUCGCGCAGGCCAAAUGAUGCAAGGAGUUAGCGAAUCAGUUGAUGAUGAUAACAGUUCUAUUAAUGUUUAUCCAAAUGAUGCACUGCUUUAUGCAUUUGAAUUGCCUGCUGAAGAAGAUCAGUCAAAUUCAGAAUGCUUCGUAGCGGCACCAACAGUUAUUGCAGCUCAUCGUAAAAUGCAAUACAAUGAUUCAUAUUUGCUCGGCGCAACACGUGGUUGUACCGCUCGUGUUUUUGGUGUUCCACUCAUUUUAAGAUUUACACCGGGCAAAACAACUGGUAAUAAGCUAUAUGAAGAAGUCUGGCUACAUGUUUCACGGUUCCUAAAAAAUGGCAGUGCUGGGAAACAGCAGCGUACUAGAGAAGCAAACCGUGCUAUUGAUGCAGCAGAAGACAUUCGAAAUGGUUAUCCAUUUGAUUUAUGUUGCGUGAAAUUAUCAUUCGAAUGGUGUUCAAAAUGUGCAUGGCCAGCAUUUUGUCGUGGUUGUGUGAUUUUGAGUAACGAUGAAAUUAUUGAGGAUAACUUAAUGGCAGUUGCAAUCGACUGGAAACCAACUGCUCUCUAUCUACGCUAUCAACAUUCCGUUGAAUUGUUAUGCCGAGAUGAUGGAUCUGUAUUACAAGCAUGGGAAGUGCACUAUCGACCGUGUUCGUUGGUUUCAUGUUUGAAUGAUUUCAUGCAAGCAGAACGUUUAGAUGAUGUAAUAAUGUGCAAGCCGUGUGGCAAAAAAUGUCCAACAACGAAAGCUUUGGCGAUUUGGCGCUUACCUAAAAUAUUGAUUAUACACUUCAAGAGAUUUGUUUGCGUAAAAUCUGAACGACGAUGGAUGAAAUCUUGUAAAGUAGUAGAUUUUCCACUGGAAAAUUUGGAUCUCAGAGAAUGGCUUCGAGAUCCGGACGUUAAGACAUCAACUAAAUACAGUUGUUUUGCUAUUGCGAACCAUUACGGUGCAAUGGCUUCAGGUCAUUACGUUGCUUAUGCUAAGAAUAAUAAUCAGUGGUUUAGUUUCAAUGAUAGCCGUUGUCAGGCAGUGAAAGAAUCGCACGUUGAUAAGAAAAGUGCUUAUUUGUUAUUUUAUGAGAGAAUGGAUUAA